GUCGCCUCCCCUAAAAACCCCAAUCCCACCAUGCUUAAAAGCUGUCCACCCCGGCAGACGUUCCAGAACGUGAAGUCACGAAUUCUGCAAGUUUCUGCCCCCCUGAAUCAUGUAUCCAAACGACACCAAAGCACCCAACCCUCUCCGUCAAAAGUAAUAUUUUCUGGUAUCCAGCCCACUGGAAUACCGCAUCUCGGGAACUAUCUUGGGGCAUUACAAAAUUGGGUGCGGCUACAAGAUACAGCGGAAUCGAGUACGAAGCUAUUUUACUCGAUUGUAGAUUAUCAUGCGAUUACGAUACCGCAGAAAAGGGAAGAGCUGAAGCGGUGGAAGAAGGAGAGUUUGGCGACGCUCUUGGCUAUUGGAUUGGAUCCGGAGAGGAGCACGGUGUUUUAUCAGAGUUCUGUUGCAGCACAUACGGAGUUGAUGUGGAUAUUGAGCUGCACGGCUUCUAUGGGAUACCUGUCUCGCAUGACACAAUGGAAGAGCAAACUAUCUCUCGAAGAUGAUGCUUCACCAUUAGAUGGGGACAAAAAAUCUAAGCUCAAGUUGGGCUUGUUUUCGUAUCCAGUUCUGCAAGCUGCGGAUAUUUUGGUUCAUAGAGCAACCCACGUUCCCGUUGGUGAAGAUCAAACCCAACAUCUGGAAUUCGCCCGUGAAUGCGUUACAAAUUUCAACCAUGCGUAUGGGCCCCGUCUCAUUGCACCUCAAACCCUUCUUUCCCCAACAAAACGGAUAAUGUCCCUCCAAUCCCCCACCCAAAAAAUGUCCAAAUCGCACCCCUCCCCUAUCUCCCGCAUCCUCCUCACCGACUCACCCGACACCAUUACCAAAAAGAUCUCGUCCGCCCUGACUGACUCCCAGAACGCCGUCUCUUACUCGCCCUCUGAGCGUCCAGGCGUUUCUAAUCUUCUCACACUUUGGUCAUCGUUCGAUACCCAAAACCCAAAACGAACACCUGCGCAAAUAGCCGAGGAAUGCAAGGCAAAGAAAUUUACUUUGGGAGACUUGAAGCGGGAAACUGCUAAUGCGGUUAACACUGGACUGGAGCCAAUUAGAAAGAAUUAUGAGAGACUGUUGGGGGAUGAAGGGUAUGUGGAGGAUGUAGCGAGGAAAGGAGGUGUUAAGGCGAGGGAAAAUGCAGAAAGGACUAUGGUUGAAGUUAGAGAGGCAGUAGGAUUCUAAAUGAGCUAGAAGUGAGCAAGCGCAAACCUUUCUAUUGAAAGGAGAAGGAUGCAAAAGCUAUCCAAGUGUAAGGACGAACGCCUCUUGGCAUGAAAAAGAGAGAAGUUAGAAUCAGCUCUCUGUAUUAUAUCAACAAACGAAAUAAUACACUAGCUACACCUCACAAACUUUACUUGAUAUAUUCCUUCCUCUAUCGCUCCUCACAGAAUUCUCCCUCCAUCCGUACUUCUCGCUUUCCCGACUUCAAUUGCCCUCUCUCACCUUCCUUCACUCACUCCCACAACUCCCUUCGUCAACAUCA